GUAUCUGAUUGUCGGUGGCUGGCAUCACCACACCCAAGCCUGCUCGCUCGGCCUCGUCGCAUCUCUAUCGAUGGAGACGACCAUUAUGCACAUGCAUCUCAAGACCCUCACCAAGAUGGCUCUGUUGCCGCCGACACAAUCACCUGACACAACUUACCACAGCCCCUGAUAUUUUCUUCUUUAUGGAACAUUGUGAAAGGGAUCACAAGGCUGUGGGAAGACGACCAUUUGACAAAAUGGCAACACUGUUGGCGUAUCUGGGCCCCCCAGAGCAUCGGCCCCUAGACUCUCAGUGGAGCAGUAUGGACAUGACAAGCACCAAGUUUGAGGAGAUCAUGUCCAAGCACAACAUGCACGAGAAGGAUGAGUUCAAGUCUCUGAAGAACCAACACAUCUUCUAUCAGGCAGGAACGAGCAAGGGAGGAAAUCCUGUCUUCUACUACAUCGCCAGGAGAUACAAAGUGGGUGAAAUUAAUGGAGAUCUUCUGAUCUACCAUGUGCUGCUCACUCUCAAGCCCUUCUACCACAAGCCCUUCGAGCUGGUCAUAGACUUCACCCACACAUGCUCUGAGAAUCGAUUCAGGACCGACUUCCUGUCAAAGUGGUUUGUGGUGAUGCCAGAGAACGUGUACCAGAACAUCGUCGCCGCCUACAUCUACAACUGCAACUCCUGGGUACGCGAAUACACCAAGUAUCACGAUCGCAUCCUCGCACCUCUUCGCGUCAACUAUAACAACCGGAAGCUUAACUUCAUCGAUCAUCCGGCCAAGUUGAACGAAUACAUCGACCCUGACCAGCAGAAGUUGCCAGGGACAACUGUCUCCCUGGAGGAGGAUCUCAGAGUGUUCAACAAUGCUCUCAAGCUUUCCCAUAAAGACACUAAGGUUGCCAUAAAGGUUGGUCCAAAUGCCAUCCAGGUGACGUCCUCGGAGAAGAGCAGAGUGUUGGGACACCAGGUUCUCCUUAAUGAUGUCUACUAUGCUGCGGAAAUAGAGGAGGUGUGUCUAGUAGACGACAAUCAGUUCACACUGACUAUCGCCAAUGAGAGUGGCCCUUUGUCUUUCAUACACAAUGACUGUGAUAACAUUGUCCAAGCCAUCAUACAUAUCAGGACUCGCUGGGAACUCUCACAGCCGGACACUGUGGCAGUUCAUACAAAGAUCCGCCCUAAGGAUGUGCCCGGAACGCUACUGAACGUGGCUCUCCUGAAUCUGGGCAGCUCGGACCCCAGUCUCCGGUCAGCUGCCUACAACCUGCUGUGUGCUCUCACCCAGACCUUCGACCUGAAGAUAGAAGGUCAACUACUAGAGACCAAUGGUAAGAGUGACCUCCCUUAG